AUGGGCGUCGCGUUUCUGACCCUCCUCUGGGCUUUCUUUCGCCUCGCGGAGACCAAGGGUCGCACGUUUGAGGAACGCAAUAUCAUGUUUGGUGAUCGCGUGCCCACGCGCACGUUCGGCUCCUACGUCGUCGUGGCCUAUCAUGAUGUGACGAUCCAGGAGCAAAAGGCCGUUGACGUCCAGGCGAUGCACGACACAGACAAGGUCUCAUUGUACAUAUCAUGUAAUCUGUAUUGA